GCAGGCUUCGCCAUGCUCUUCGCUGCCUUGGCCACGGUCACGGUGGGCCUUGUGUCCACCUUCGUGCUGAAGAACGAGGUGUGCGCUCCUUUCCACUAUUGGCUGGUCUUCCUUAUCCUCAUGGGCUACGCAGCCGCGGUCUUUGCCUUCUGCAUCCGGUACUUCGAUGACCCAGCCUAUCGCGUGGUGACGAACCUCCUGUUCGGCCUAGUGCCUUGGAACGUGAGCGUCGCCUGCUACCUCUUGGUCUUCCUGCUCUUCGAUUGCGUCAGGCUUGGGCCUUCGCGUGACGCGGGCUUCGUGAAAGGUGAAGCGCGGGUGGUUUGA